AGGGUGCGCGCACGAGCAUGUGUGUAUCAUUAGGAGCGCGGCACAGACAGCUGGAUGGAUACGCGCUUCUCCGCUCCUCCUCAGUUCGCGGUGCGCUCAGCAUCUUUUCCAACAUAACCGUAUGGAGAAAGACUCCACAUCUCUCACACGCUCAAGUAAAGCUAAAAUUCAUUUGGAUCUAAAUCUCGAUAAUAACCCAGCAAGUCUGGAGCUGGAUCCCGCAACUGAGAGGAAAGGAAUAUAUAAUGCGUUUCAAACAAGGAAUCUCAUUCUCUCCGUUUCCACAGAUGGAAAGUGACGAGUGUGACUGAUUGAACAUAAUAACAAUGGCAGACAAGUGGUUCGUCCCCCCACAGCUCACCCUGCAAAUUUCCUCUUCCCUGCUUCCAUUCCCCUAAGGAUACGCUGACCUUCACAUAUGCAGCAGCCUGCAUGACAACCCAAAGCAGGGUAAAUUGAAAGGUUGCUUCUCUCCGCCAAGGACGACAACUUCGGGGGAGUCGCCAUCAGCAGAAAUACACCCUGUUGUCAUAACAAAUGAUUCUGUGUUUGUGAAUUUAACGCCUCUAACACCAGACCCCAUAAGGACCAAUUACAAGCUGAAGAGAGGAGGUCCAAGAUGAAAGAUUUGCUGUUUGCAGUUUGUUUGCUGGCAGGACUCGUGCUGACUAACUCAGUUCAGGCCUCCGAGUGGAGGGUUGCGUGCCUCAAGCUGUGCAAAUGUGAAGUCCGACCCUGGUUCUCUCCCUCGUCCAUGUAUAAUGAGGCUCCAACUGUGGACUGUAAUGAUCUAGGACUUCUGUCUCUGCCAGAGAGGCUGCCCUCAGACACACAAGUAAUUCUAUCGCAAGCCAACAACAUCGCAAAGAUUGACAGUCCUUUGGACUAUCUGGUAAACCUAACAGAGGUAGACCUUUCUCGAAACAACAUUUCCUCGUUGAGCGAUGUCUAUCUGGGUCACCUUCCACAACUUCUAUCUUUGCACUUAGAGGAGAACUGGCUAAGCAGCCUUCAGGAUAACUGCCUUGCACGGUUCCCAAACUUACAGGAGCUCUACGUUAACCAUAACCUUCUCUCCCUGAUCACCGCGGAGGCUUUCCAAGGGCUUAACAAACUCUUGAGGCUCCAUCUUAAUUCGAACCAGCUGAGGGCCAUAAGAACAGAGUGGUUCCAGGAUCUUUCCCAGCUGGAAAUCUUGAUGAUAGGAGAGAAUCCAAUUGCCAGAAUACAAGACAUGAAUUUCAAACCCCUUAUCAAUCUCCGCAGUCUUGUGCUAACCAGAAUGAACCUCACUGAAAUCCCUGACAGUGCACUGGUUGGACUCGAUAAGCUGGAAAGCGUGUCAUUCUAUGAUAAUAUGUUCCCAAAAGUACCUCAAGCUGCUCUCAGACAAGUGCGGAACCUCAAGUUUCUGGACCUUAACAAGAAUCCCAUUGAGAGGAUCCAAAGAGGUGACUUUGUGGACAUGAUCCACUUGAAAGAACUUGGCAUUAACAGCAUGCCGGAGUUAGUUUCCAUCGACAGCUUUGCUGUGCACAACCUACCAGAGCUGACCAAAAUCGAAGCGACGAACAACCCCCGACUUUCCUAUAUCCAUCCGAAUGCGUUCUCCAAACUCCCGAGGCUAGAGUCCUUGAUGCUGAACAGCAAUGCCCUCCGGGCCCUUCAUCACGUUACGGUGGAAUCCUUGCCUAACCUUCAGGAGGUGAGCAUGCACUCCAACCCCAUUUACUGCGACUGUGUCAUCCGCUGGAUCAAUAUGAACAAGACCAAAGUCCGCUUCAUGGAACCAGAUGCCCUCUUAUGCGCCGGACCCUCAGAGUUUGAAGGUCGUCUUGUCAGGCACGUGCACUUCCGAGAAAUGGCGGAUAUCUGCCUGCCCCUAAUAUCUCCGGAGAGCCUUCCAGAGCAGGUCAACGUGAGCGUCGGGCAUUCGGUGUCUCUACACUGCAGGGCGUUUGCCGAUCCUGAGCCUGAGAUCUACUGGGUCACACCUUCCGGAGAGAAGAUCUCGCCUCAGACAGUUUCCAAAAAGUAUCACCUGCAUCCCGAGGGAACAUUUGACAUUUAUGGCAUCACCGAGAACGAGGCUGGGCAGUACACCUGCGUGGCCCACAAUCUCAUAGGCACGGACAUGAGAUCCGUCUCAGUCGUAGUAAACGGGUACUACCCGCUCCCGAGAAAUGAAUCCCUGCACAUUCAAGUCAAAGGGGCCGAGCCACAUUCGGUGAGGAUUUCUUGGGUGCCACCCAAGGGCAGUCUUGUGUCGAAUAUUAAGUGGUCGACCACAUUAGAGCGGCACUCCUUGCAGUUCAGCGCCCAUGUGUUGUCUGAUGUUAAAACGUUCAACCUUACACACUUGCAGCCACUGACCCAGUACAAGGUGUGUGUGGAAAUUACGGACUUGCAAAGUAGGCGUUUGAAAAACUGCAUGAAUGUCAGCACAGCUGAAGUUUUAGGGGGAAAAACCGAUGAUGGUAUCGAUGACGGAUUGAUAAUAAGCAUCACCGCGCUGCUCUUGAUUGUGUCCGCAGUAGCCUGUUCGUUCAUUUGCAUGUUGCGGAGGAGUGAUAACCUUUACAGGAAAUUACGAAAUCAGCCGUAUGAUAUAUUACCCUCACACAUUAAACCAUUCCGGGGGUCAAGGGCUAAAGGCAAUGAUUCAGAAACAGACUCCAAAAACUCCAUUUGAGAGAAGAGACUGGACUAUGCGUCUCUAAUAACUCUUUCAAUCUGAUGCCGACUCACACCACUGGAUCAUUAUGAAACGGAUUCUGGUUUGUGGUCCAAGAAGUUUCUUGCUAAAUCUGACAUUGAUUGCCAAAAAGCCACUAAUUGUUUAAAUGUCACACUUCACUGGGGAGCAUGAAGAGGAUCGUUAUUUCAUGCGGGAUCAAAGAACAGCACAUGAAAGGUUGGGCCUGACUAUUUACACGGAGCGCAAAGCCUCAGUGGCCGAGUCUUUUUAUUGUGGGCUUGUAGCAACACUACUUGUGCUGUGUCAUUGGUAAAAUAAACAAUGUCAAGUUUAUGAUGGACUACGCUUUGUAGAAUAGAUCAUAACAGUACACAUGUACGACACUUUGUGAUAAAAUACAUUUAUACAGAAAAUGACAACUUGUUUUCAUUGGAAGUGUUUUACAACGGUUUCAUUUGACUAAUUGCACUGUCAACUGAGAAGACAUGAAUGUGGAAGAAAUGCUCAAAUGAAAAGAAAAACGAGAAGUCACAGUUGCAAUAAAUGCAUCAUUAGCUUUAGUGUCAAAAAAAGGUGUAUUUUAACAAAAACCUAAAUAUCAUAAUCAGAAACACAACAUUAGAGGCUGCUUCCAAAAACAUUGGAUGUCCCUAGGGAGUUGAAAUAUGAAAAAAUGGUGGAAAACGAGGAGGUGGGGUUUGGGGGAGAAAAAAAAAAAUUCACAGAACUCAUUGACUUUAAGUCACAUUAUCUUCUCUUUCAUUAAAAAUCCAAUAGGAAUUCCAACGCUAAACUCCCACAGGUGAUGAAUUGCCGUCACCGAACGAAUGAUGUGGGGGAUCUAUCAGACUUGCAUGCUCAUAUAUCACAAGAGGUUUUAGCACCCAACACAGGGGCUUUUAGAGUUAGGCCAUUUGUCACCUACACAGGAGCUAAAUUAUGCGCCAUUAUAGCAGUAGGUACCGAAUAGGUCAGCAGGAAUGCGCUGCAUCUGGUCUCUCUAUUUCACAGUGAGACUGGCGAGACGUGGCAGGCAUUAUGGACAAGAAAACAGCUGUGGUUCACACUGAGAUGGCAAGCAAUGAGUCCAAAAAAACAAAGGUUAAGGAGAAGACAUCCUACCUAAACUACUGACCUCAUGUUUUAGCAUAUGCCAUAAUAUUUCCUUGUCAUGUUAAAUUCAAAAUGAUUAAAACCAUUUUAGACAUGUACUAUUAUAAAAGAUAAUAUUAGAAUGGUUUCAGUGUGCAUACAUUAUUUGUCAAACCCCAGGUAAAUCAUUAACAAAAGCAAAAUAUUAAACAGCAAAAAUAUUGUAAAAAGUUGCAAUACAAUUACGAAUAUUGAAAAUAUCUUAAGAAAAAUAAUACUGUGCAAAUGGUCAAACUAUAGUUAAAAGCACAUGAACAAAAACAAAAUAUUAAAUAGUAACUACAAUUAGGAAUAUUUGACAUAUUUUAAGAAAAUGUUUAAACUCUUUUGUUUCAGACUGUACAAAUGGUCAAACUACACUGUAAAAAACAAUUUGUUGAGUCAACUUAAAUAAUUUGUAACCUGGCUGCCUUAAAACAUUUUAGUCUGUACAAAUUGACAAACUACAGUUAAAAGCACAUGAA